ACCCUCGAGUGCAGUUCGACAAGUCAUCUUUCUCUUGCAUAAUUGCAUACGACCUCUGCAAGUUUCAGUCCAUUUUCUUGUCUCGUAUUGCUGUCUUUGUCCGAGCCCGACGACAGCUCCUGUUCAACCCGAAAGCAAAAGAGACAAAACACAGCAUGGAAAACAUCAAAGUUUCCCGCCCUCUCCCUCUGCUUCCUUGUUCCUUUUCUCCGCCUUCUCGUGUACCGAAAAGCCUUGUAUUCUUUUCAACGAAUAAUCGCCGCUCUGCUUCUCUGCAAAUCCAACACCUGCUCUGCAAGAAGCCGGAAGAAGAGAGAGAGAGGAGAAGAGAACAAGCGACCCGACUGCAUCGAUAUCUCCAAGCUUUUCGUGUUUUUUCCCCUGGAUAGUUCCCGUCUUUCGGAAGCUGGUGGUGGUUUCUUUCGAAAUGGGUCGGGCGGUGAGGUGGCUCAAGGGCCUGUUCGGGAUCGGGAAGGAUAGAGAAGUCGUCAAGGACUCCGCCGACCGCCGCUGCCACCCAGAACGCCGCCGCGCCGGCGGGGGACUGUGCAACAACCCGGCGACGAUCCCGCCCAACAUAUCGGCCGCGGAAGCCGCCUGGCUGCGGUCGUUCUACGCGGAGGAGCGCGAGGAGGAGCAGAGCAAGCACGCGGUGGCGGUGGCCGCGGCCACCGCGGCGGCUGCGGACGCGGCGGUGGCGGCGGCUCAUGCUGCGGUCGCCGUCGUGAGGCUCACCAGCCGCGGCAGGAGCACCGCGUUCGGCGGCUUCGGCGGCCCCGAGAGGUGGGCCGCGGUGAAGAUUCAGGCUAGUUUCCGGGGAUAUCUGGCGAGGAGAGCACUGAAAGCGCUGCGAGCGCUGGUGAAGCUGCAGGCGGUGGUGAGGGGAUAUCUGGUAAGGAAGCAAGCCACCGCCGCGUUUCAAUGCAUGCAAUCUCUCUUUCGAGCUCAGGCCACCGUCCGUUCCCGCCGAGCUCGCGCUCCUCUCGCCGGCCCCGGCGUCUGCGCCACCGCCGCCGAGUGCCCGCCGCGCCAUUCCACGGUACGAUUCGGCCAUCGAAACGCGUCGGCAUCUGCUCCUUUUCGCGACGAACUCGUUCAUGCUUGUCGACUCUUGCAGGAGAGAUCGGACGACGCGGGAAGCGAGUACUCAGCAUCGUUUCACAGCAUGAGGCUGUCGUCUUCUCUCGACGCCGCGACGGUGAUCACGACCGCCGAAGGGAGCCCGAAGAUCGUGGAAGUCGACACCGGCGGGCCGCAUUCGAGGCCCGCCAGGCCCCACCCCGCCGACACAUAUCUCUACGCCGAGCCGCCGCCGCAGCCGCCGCCUCCCCACCCGACGUUCUCCUCCCCCCUCCCGCUCCGUGCCCCGCCCCGCCUCUCGAUCCCGGAGCGCCGGAGCUUCCCCGACCCCGAGUGGGCCCUGAGCGGCGGCGACGGGUACCGGUUCUCCACCACGGCCCACAGCACGCCCCGGCUCGCGGGCUCCAGCCUCUGCGGGCCCAGUGGGCCCGCCACCCCGUCCGACAGGAGCGGCGAGUGCGGGGACGGCUCCUCCUGGGGGCGAAUCGGCGGGCGGUCCCCGAACUACAUGGCGAGCACGGAGUCGUCCGCCGCGAAGCUGCGGUCGCAGAGCGCGCCGAAGCAGAGGCCCGAGCCAGGGUCCAAGAGGCGGCUCUCGCUCCUCGAUGCGGCGGCGGGCUCGCGGAGCAGCUUGAGCGGGGCCAGGAUGCAGAGGGCCUGCUCGAGAGCCCAGGAGGUGAUCAGCUUCAAGAAUGCCAUACUGGGCAAGCUUGGGAGGCCCAGCGAAUUUGGCAAAGAAGCGGACAAGAGGAUGUGGUGAAGAUUUUCUGUGCAGGAGGACAUGAACAUUGUAACAUUAUUCCUUCUUGCCGCUCCUAUUUGCAGUCAUAUUUCCUAGGACAUUGUAACAUUAUUCAUCUAGAGAGAAUGACUAGGAGAUUCUGGCGAACGAACGACGGCUUGACUUCAUGUUAGUGAACCGAGACCUAGUCCGAUACCCAUUUCCCGAGAAUGCAAAUGGGUAU